CUCUCCUCUCUCUUCCCUUGUCUCUCCCACCACUUCGCCCCACACCUCUAAUGUUUUCCCAUUUCUACUCCAAACUCUAGCCCAGUUAAAGUCAUUGAUGGAGCGGAGGAAGGACACAUUUACUCGGUAGGAGGAGCAGCUGGCAGCAAAAAGAGUUGCAAUAAAAGAAAAUCGCCCGAGGGGAUUGAAGCAGACGGAGAAGAGCGGAGACAGGCGAAGGCGAAGGGAAAGGGGAAAGACUGCUUCAGGUGACCGAGUGGCGAUGGAGGCGCGCGGCAUGCGUGAUUAGUGAGCACCGCUGGAAAGCGCUCGCUUUGUUCAGGUGGAUUACAAAGUGAACACGCAUUAGAACUCCCCGGGACCGCAUUAGUCUUGCUAUUUCACUUGGACGGAUUAUCUCCCAAUCAUGAACGUGUCGCCCCCAGACCGCAGGAAAAACGUGCGAGAGCUGGCUUUGGAGAUUGGCAUCCGAGUUCUGCUUUUCGGAGUUUUUGUAUUUACAGAGUUUCUGGAGCCCUUUGAGAGAGUGAUUCAACCAGAAGAGCUUUGGCUCUACAAGAAUCCUCUGGUUGAGUCAGACCACAUUCCCAAGAGGGUCAUGUUUGCAAUUUCAUUCCUCACCCCACUGGCGGUCAUAUUUGUGGUGAAGAUAAUUCAGAGGACGGACAAGACAGAGCUCAAAGAGGCAUGUUUAGCUGUAUCCCUGGCCCUCGCCCUGAAUGGAGUCUUCACCAAUACUAUCAAGUUGAUUGUUGGCAGACCCAGGCCCGAUUAUUUCCAGCGUUGUUUCCCAGAUGGACAAGUACAUGUGAGGAUGCUGUGCACCGGAGAUCCAGAUCUAGUCUCUGAGGGACGCAAGAGCUUCCCCAGCAGCCAUUCCUCCUUUGCAUUCUCUGGACUCGGCUUCACCUCCUUCUACCUGGCGGGGAAGCUGCAGUGUUUUACGGAUCAAGGUCGAGGGCGUAGCUGGCGUCUCUGUGCCAUGGUGCUGCCUCUCUACAGCGCUAUGAUGAUUGCACUGUCCCGGACCUGCGACUACAAACACCACUGGCAAGACGCCUUUGUUGGAGGAGUGAUCGGCUUGCUGUUUGCGUACAUCUGCUAUCGCCAGCACUAUCCACCCUUUCUGCACACGGACUGCCACCUGCCUUAUGCCAGUCUGGCUGCCGCCGCCCACACGCCCUCGCAUCCCCAGGACGACCCGCUGCCCACUGACAAUGCCACCACCCUUCCUCUGGAGGGCUUGACUGAAGGGCCAGUAUGACUAGUGUCCACCACCGAGACUACCCACAACACCCUCACCCUGCCACUCAACCCACCUCCCCAUUCCCAGUGACUGACUUGCUCUUGUAUACAUUCCAGUGGACAAUAAUACACGUCACCCACCUUCAUACUGUUGCACCCUAUCUCGGUGACACCUACAUUUUUUUCCCCGUUUGUUUCAUUUUUUAUUAUUGUGAUAAUAUAUCUGGAUCUUGCUCAGCAGCCGUGAAAGUCUAUAUUUAGAUUUAUCUAUGAAUAUGGGACAUCCCCGUUGAGAGGGAAGAGAAAAAAACAUGUUGAAAACCUGAGAAAAAAAGUCUCACUAAUGGCUGUGAAGGAAGAUGAAAACAUUGCUAGUUUUGGCUGGGAUUCUUUUGGCCUAAUGAGAAAUGCGGUUGGCAGGUUGUUUCAUGCUGGAGUAUAUUUAUUGUUUGGCUGUUUAAGGAUUGGAACAUUAGGUUGGUGAAACUCCGAGGAAUCCCAUAACAUGUUACAGCAAUCAAACCAUGAAAUCUAACCAGUUAAACUAUUAGAUUAUUGUAUUUAGUAUGUCACACUAUGAAGCAAAUUAUGAUGCUGCAUAUUCAUUUAACAUCCAAGGACUUGUGCGCUGCUUUUAGUAAUUUUUGCAACAUAAUGCUAGAUAUAGAACCAAUUGUACCAAUUUAGAACCAAGUAUUCAAUAUUACCUAACUUUACUCUUCUGCACUCACCCAUUUUUUGGUAUUCCAUUUCUCCCCAUUUCUUGGUGGCAUAGUUUUGCAGUGCAGUCCUACAUAUCGCUCAAUGUUUUUUUUGCCCCUAACGUUGCCUUCCAGGCAGCUAACCCUAAACAUAACCAUUGCCGCACUGCUUGGAAGGUGGUGUUGGGGUCAAAAAACACUAAACAUCUUGCAUAUCACCCCUUCCUGUCUUCUCUUCCUCUUUUUGUCACCAUCCAACUUUAUUUUCCACAAUCCCUGCAUUUAUCAAAUGGUUCCAGAAGUUGCACAGAGACACCCAAAUUGUAGCUCAAUGAAUCUCAUCCUGCAUUAAUCCUAAUUAAGGAAGGUAAGCCACGGCUGCUUAUGAACACAUUAGUAGUAUAUGAUGUGCUCUGCGGAUUGACUGAGCAUUGCAAUUGGCUUUGAGCCCAAUGUAGCCCCACAAAUAGACAAUCUAGCCUUCAGGAGACAACAGGCCUGAACCCGGGGCAGUGAUGGUGAUGUAUUAUUCAUCCAUUAAUGUUCCAUUAUUUAUGAAAAAUUACAGCCUUAAUGUAGGGACUUCACAUCAAAACAAACCAACAGCGACCAAAGAUUUGUAGGUUUUUUUCCUGCUUGAGUCGUAUGCAACCUGUUAUGCUUUAUUUAACAAUAUGACACAUAACCAGCUUACUGGUUCCCUAUCAACAAAGCAAUUAGCCUCUUAUAAGUUUUGUCUGAAUGGAUGGAUCAUUUUGUUGCCUUGGUAACUAUGUCUUUUUUGCCAUUGCUGUGACAUAAAUGGGAAGAUGCAAUUUCAAUUUACCUCUAUAUUCCAACCAAGCUACAUAGGAAGGUGAUGAUCAUAUUUGCAAUGAAAAAGUAAAUGGUGAAAAAACAGGACAUAGCACAUGAAACAAGCAGCAAGCCAAAUGUAAAAGGUUAUUUUGUAAUUUGAUCAUCUUGUACAUUUGUCUCCAGUGUCAAAAGACCACACAUUCAGCUGCUGUUUGCUUAAACAGACAAAAGAAAACUUGUUCAAAAUUCUUUUAUUAAACAUGAUUUAUUCAAAUCAGCCACAAUCAAGUCUCUAUCACUGAUGCAAACUAUUGGCAGCUUCUGUCUGCGUUUGCAUUCAGAUUUUGAUAAGGCCUGUUCCGCAUGGAUGCAAUGCAAAUUACUGUACGCAGAAUGAACCUUUCACCAGAAGGGAUUAAGGUGCUGGACUAUUUACAUCUCUAUCAUGAGAAAGUUAAUUGGUGAAAAACUUGUAACCUCCUAGCUGGUUCCACAUGUCUUUCAGCAGCACCAGCCUAGAGAUCUGGGACUGUGAGAUUUUGACACCUUGAGACAGAUUUGGGGAUGUAAUGAUUGUUACACAGAUGCAUUGUGUUCUAUAGACCUGCAUUCACCUGACCUGAUGUUUGUACUUCAUUACGUAUUGUAUGUCAUUUUAGUAUUUUCCUAUUAGAUGGUGCAGUGUAUAUUGGGAAAAAAUGUUGUUCAGGAGUCAUGUCUGUAACAGUAUUUUCACUUUAUCCACAAUGGAUGUACGUUUGCCUUCAAAUCAUUCCAUGAUUUGUUUUAAUUUGGUGCUAUAGAUACUUUUUAUUAGUAGGUGUUUUUUUUUUUUCAAAUGGAGAAUGCGUCAUUUUGACAUGAAAGUUCAAUCAUUUUCUACAGAGAAAAAAAAAAUAUUAGAGUACAUUAUUCUUUUCUUUUUAAAUCAUAUGCUCAAGAGCAAUCCAUGCUUGUUAUUCUGUGGAUUCGGUCAUUUCACCUUCCCCAUGGACUGAAGGGAUAAAAGUAACCAAAAAAAAAAUAAGAGUUAUGAAAUAUUACUAAUUAUAAUGAAUAGAUGUCUGAAGAAAAAAGAGUGUAAGACUUCUUUACGAAGCUUUAAGAAUCUUUGUUCAUGGCAUGCCAGUUCCAUUUGUGAGAAAAGUUUUCUAUGAAUAAGCAUGUCUGGCCUUGAGAACUCUUUGAGCUGUGUUUUGCUGUUUAUAUACUUUAUGUACAAUAAAGGACUGCAGCUGUGU